AGAGAGGAGAGUGCGAGCCGAGUCUGAUCUAUAAAUACUUCUCCAUUGUCUUCUUCAAUCACUUUGUUCUCUAGCUUUCAUAUACAAGUUCGAAUCAUAAUUAGGGUUACGAAUUUGCUGCUUUGCUUUGCUGAUCAGAUAUUGAUCGUUUUCAUCGGAUUGUUUGGAUCAUGCAGAGUGUGAAGACGGUUUGGAGAUUUCGAGAUCACAAGUAAUUUGCUUGUUCACAUUAAAAAAAAAAACAAUGGAGGUAUAUGGAAAAUCACCCGUGAUUGGUUCUUCUGCGAAUGUUAUUUACUUGUCUGCAAUACUUGGUCGCGAUGGACCCGUCCCGUGUCACAAAUGUGACUGGAAAUGCGAGAACGAGCACGUUUGUGGGAACAUGUACCGUUGCAAACUAACCGGUUUGAAUCAUGUCUGUGACAAGAACUGCAACCAAAGGAUCUUGUAUGAUAACCAUAGCUCAUUGUGCCGAGCCAGUGGCCGGAUAUUCCCACUAUCACCGGCUGAGGAACAGGCGGUUAAAGGAGUCCGGAGGAAGCUUGAAGACGAGAGUCAACCUUCUGAAACCUGCGUUAAGCGUCGAAGGCGUGAUGCUCAGUUUCAUUCUUCUCCUUUUGAGAGGUCUUUCGCUGCCGUGAGCCCAAUCUGUAGCCAAGUUGGAGAUGGAAUGGAGAUGAAUUAAAGAUCUGUGCUGAUCUUUUUCUAUCUACGAGAGGCUUUUCUUUUUUGUCUCACUUAGAAUAAUAACUUCCUUGCCUUUUUUAAUUUUGGACAACUAUGCAAUAAGAGACAUUAUUCAUGUGCUCUUCCAGGGAGACUAGGUGUAGCUCCCUGUCUGAAGAAGCAUUUUUAUCUUAGUAUUGUUGAACUCUAUGUAGUAAGUUAACGUAGGAGAGUGACUUCAUAAUUCUGAUGCUCUGUUCUGAACAUUCUUGUUUUCAGAAUAAUAGGUGAAGUAGAAUAACACGCUUGUUUCAGCUUUUGCUAGUGAUCUCUUAUAAAUUCGGAGUUUUUUCCUUGUGUUUGGACACAGUGGUGAGACAGGCUUUGCUUAUCUGUGUUAUCUUGUUUUGGCUGGCCUUACUGUUAUAAGAUACCAUGGGUGAUUGCUGUAAGAGUUUUUUUUUUUUCUCACAUUGCCGACCAAUGCAGCAGCGUAGGUUUCGACCAGGUUCUUCAAGAUAAAGAAAUCGAUUUGGUUUGUCAUCCUGUUGAAUACUCCUUGAUCCUCUCAAUGAUUACAUGAUUGCAACCUCUACUUUGUUCAAGACCAUGUUCCUUCUUCUCCUUGAUUGAUGAGCUCAAGAAGUCAUGAAUUAUUUUCUGUUUGUGCAGGUUUCAUUGUCUGGCCAUGCAGGAGAGUUAGUUUUAUUGCCAUUAUUCUGUGUACAAUGAUUUGACUUUUAUGUUUCUCAGUUGCCAGAGUUUGAGGAGUAAUUCUAACAAUUGGAUCUUAAACCUUUCUUUUUAGGUACAUUUAAGCUUGUGCACAGCAGGCAACUACACGCUUGGUGUAUCCAUUACCGUUGUAAACUCAUGUUCCAGACAGCAGAGGAAGCACGGUAGCGAAGAGAGAUACUCAACAAGAAAUACUUUAGCUAAUAACAUGGUGAUUUUGCGUUAGAUAAACUGUAACAAAUGUCAAAUUCUUUGUUUAAAUUCGUUUAUUGUUUCCAAGUUAAGUCUCUGUAUCCACCAGUUAUUUGCUUUUCAUUCUCUCUUUCUGUCUGAGGACCCAACAUCUCUGACUAGAUACAACCUUUCUCAAACAUAUGUA